GAGCUCAGCAAGUUUGUUUCUGUGGGCCUAAUACCCCCAUGCUGGGCGCCAGCCUAUAAAAGGGACACGUUUGCUUUCAAUACACACGCUGAUUGAGACAGAGAGCGGCUACUGACUAACACACAGCCAUCAUGUCCACUGGUGGAGAGAAGUCCAAGCCUGCCUCCCAGCCUGAUGGGAAGGCUGCUCAAACCCAGAAGAAAACUGAGAUGGGCGUGGGGAACUACAGGAUGUAUGUGUAUGAUCAGGAGAACUUUCAGGGUCGCAUGAUCGAGAUCUCCAACGAGUGCAUGAACGUGUGUGUGGGCAUGGACAGAGUGCGUUCCCUCCGCGUGGAGUGCGGCCCUUGGGUGGGUUGGGAGCAGAUGAACUUCUGUGGAGAGAUGUACAUCCUGGAGAAGGGCGAGUACCCCCGCUGGGACUGCUGGAGCAACUGCCACAGGAACGACUACCUGCUGUCCUUCAGACCAAUCAAAAUGGACCCAGAAAAGCAUAAGAUCUGUCUGUACGAAGUUGGUGAAUUCAAGGGCCGUAAGAUGGAGAUUAUCGAUGAUGAUGUUCCCAGUAUGUACACCUUCGGCUUUACUGACCGCGUCGGCAGCAUCAUGGUCAGCUGUGGCACUUGGGUGGGCUACCAGUAUCCUGGUUACCGUGGCAGCCAGUACCUGCUGGAGAAGGGCGACUACCGUCACUUUAAUGAGUACGGCGCUCGCCAUCCCCAGUUUCAGUCCGUCAGGCGCAUCCGUGACAUGCAGUGGCACCCAGACGGCUGCUACACUAUGGCCACCAAGUGAGGGCUAGGGAGGAUGAGAAAGAGAGGGAACAGGGGAGAGAGAAAGAGAGGAGGAGGAGAUGAUGAAGGAGGGGGAGGGGGGAGGGGCAAGAAGGAGAGGAGGAGCGCACCACCCGUAUGAGUCAUCCUGGGAAGGGAAAAGAGGGCCAGAGGGAUGGAGUUCAGUCAGAUAAAACGUCACAAUAGAAAUUUGGCUGCUGAUAACAGAUGAAAGAAUGGCUUUUUCUUCCCCACCCCUCUUCACCUCUUCUCCAUCUUAUUCUUUCUUCCCUCUUCCUCCCCUUCCUCAUCCUCCAUUUACUUUUCCCCCUGAGGAAAUCAGUCCAUCACAAAGAGCCUUAACUGAUGCCUGACUCGUGGGGGUCAGGGAUGAUGAUUGACAAGUGUGGGUUGGGGGGCGGGACAAUGGGUGGCAGAGGGAAGGGUGUUUUGGCCUAAAGGCCGUGUAAAACCUCCACAUCUUUUUAGAACAGUAAUAAAAGCAACACCUGUGACCGUUGUUCCUUGUUAUCA